AAAAACACGCGCAGAUAGAGACGCCUCACUCUCGAGACAGAGCGGGCUCCGGACUGUUGCUCUUCUGCUGUACGCCAGUCUUCUGCACCUUUCAAUCUUCUUAAAGUUCAUCUUCUUCAAAGUUCACUUUUUAAAAAAAAAAAAAAAAAAAUCGCAUUCGAUUCUUUCUUUUCUGUGAGACCAGUAACAAGUGACAAACGUUAACUUUUUUCCCGAGUGAAGCUGAGAAAAGUCUUCUUCCAUUUUUUGACGUCUGUCAGCCAGAAGGAUUUCAUUACCUGAACAACUGCAGUUUUAUUGAGGCCUUCCUAUCUCGUCUGAACAUGUUGGUGCUUCUUGCUGCGAUCUUUGUACUUCAUAUUUCCACAGUCAUUAUUUUGUUGGUUGCUACCAUCCAUAAUGCCUGGUGGGUCACAAAUACAUUAAGCACAGAUAUCUGGAAAACGUGUAAUGAAUAUAACUGCUCAGACAUAAUCACCGCAGAUGAAAGUUAUCUGCAAGCUAUCCAGGCCACAGCAGUUCUUUCGUGUAUUUUUGCUAUCAUCUCCCUGUUUGUGUUCAUCGCCCAGUUGUUUACCUUGGCCAAAGGACAGCGUUUCACAUUUACUGGCAUCUUUCACAUGAUUUCUUGUCUGUGCAUCAUGGUAGCAGCCUCCAUUUACACUGAUCAGUUUCAUAAGAAUGACACUGGAUCAUACGGCUCAUCUUACAUCUUGGCUUGGAUUGGUUUUGCAUUUACCUUCAUCAGUAGCAUUGUUUACUUUGUUCUGCGCAAAAAGACAGAGUAAACUGCUGAAAGACCAUGGGAAAGAGGGUUAACCUGGGUGCUUUUUUUUGGAAACAGAAGGCGCACCCUCUCACCCUGAAUCAAAACUUUACCUCACGUAAAAUUGCUCGACAUGGUGGCUGUUUGGGGUCCAGAUUUGGAAUUUUUGUAUUUUAACAAAAGGGGGAAUGUCUGAGCUGCAGUGAAGAUUCUCAUUGGCUCUCAGAUUAGUAGAGGAAGACGAGUACUCAAGAGUGAAAAAAAUACUUAAAAUUAUAUCAGAUAUCCAUUGUCAUUUUCCUGAGGUUUAAUUACACCAUUUUGGUUUCAUUCACUUUUAUAUAUUCAUAACAAUCAACAAUUAGAUCAAAACACCAAAGUGAAUACUCUUAUGUUACCUUACUCACAUAUGAUAUAAUAAAUCCCAAGCAGUGUCAGGUUUUCAGACAUUUUCACCAACAAUGAAGUACCUGUCAUGCAUUAGCCAGUUUGCUAAAGUAGCUAACAAAGCUAACAGUAACUAACUCAUCUUUAGAUGGCAACAGCUUUUCCAGUGCUCUUCAUUCUCUGGACUCUUUCCUUAACAUUGUUUUACUUGAAUAUUAUUUUUCUAAAAAAGAAAAAUCUAUCAUUUUUAUUUUUUAAAUACCGUUUAAUUGAGACAUCCCUGAAAGAGCAUGGGCAUAUCAUAUUACAUUUUGAGAAACACAGGAAAAAAAUUUUAAGCAAUCCCAAGAUUUUCAUUGGUGUUUAUUUUUCAGAAAGUAUUGUGGAAUUACAUGAUUUACCCCAGCAUUCUGUAAUCUUGAUUUGUGAUUAUGUUUGCAUUGGUAUUACAAGUAUUAAAAGGAAAAUUGUGGACACAGUAUACUAUGGGGUAUUGACCAAUCCCAAAAUGCUCCUUUCAUAUUGAUUUGAAAAAAAAAAAAAUCUGUUUUGUGUUUUCAUGGGUUAUAAAAUGCCAAGGCACUAGUGCUAUACAAUACGAAAAAACACAUUUUUAGGAACUGAGCAUACAUUCAAUAACUGUGUACGGUGUAUGUAUAUAAAUAUAUAUCAGAUAAGACAUUUUAGAUCUAUUGAUAGAUUGCCAAAAUAUGUACUAAUUCAGAGUAUAAUGAAUGAAAAUACAAAAUUUAAAUUUGGUCUCUGGAAAAAUUUGGCAUCUGGACCAAAUGAUUUUAGUUAAUAACUCAUCCUUGCUAUUUAUAUAUGAGUCAUAAAACAGUCUUCUCUCGGUCAUAAAACAUUCUUGUUAUUUGGUUAUAAACGAAAUAAACAUGAUUUCAAACAAAGAUGCAAAUUAUUCUAAGCAGUUUAUUUUUUGAUUAUCGUUUAUCAUAGUCAUGAAGUCUUUGGUUUAUUUUGUAGAACAAAAGCAAAAUUUAAGACACUUAAACAAAAACAGCACAUUUAACAUAAUAAUGCGUUUUGUUAUAAGCAAUCAUAUUCUCUUCUUCCUACUACCUCUAGCUCUGCAUUUUGAGACUUUUGUAUUACCAUUAUCCUAAUGCUUCAAAUGGCAGCUAAGUAAGUAUGUUAAAGAACGCGUCAUCCCCAGGGUGCUAAAAGCACACAUUUGUAAUAUUUUCAAACUGAACAAUGCUAACAAAUUAACUGAUUUUAUGAGUAGAAAAUAAUUAAAGCAAGCAGCAGCUGAAUAACAAGAAGAACCAAAAGAGUAUAAAAAUCAGACAGUUUUGUGUUUCCAAAUAUGAGAAUUCCUGUAAAAUUACCAUACUGUACUCUGCUUUCAUAAUAUAACUGACUGCACAAAAUAAAAGAAUUCCUGUUAUGAAGAGAAAGCUCUUCUCAUUAUGUAUCUUAUGAAAAUAAAUACAUCAUUAAAAAUGAUUUGUUUAUGUAGACUUACAUGAAUACUCAUAGGGAGCAGCUUCAAAUGCUUAAUGCCAAAAAACAGAAAACAUUUCCCUUUUUCCAUUAAUGAGCUAUUUUUUUAUCCCAUCGUGUAGUUGUGAACAUUUAUGUAAAUAAUGUGUAUAACACUAAUAUGCUUGAAAUUACAUAAACUGAGAGAGAGUGACCAGUGUAUUUCUGUGUGUGCAUAUAUAUAUAAAAUAUAUAUACACACAUACGAUGAAUACUUAGAAAAAUUGCAAUACACUAAGGGUGUCAAUAACCUGAAGCUAAUUGAUAAAGAUGAGCAACUUAACUUAGCACCAUACAAAUAGGUUUGUCAGUCUUAAAAUAAAGAUGGAUAAAGAAGUAAUGUCAGAAGGGAAUGAAAUGGUAAUAUAAACGCACAGGAAACUUUUGUUGAAACAAAAUAAAAUGACACAAAUAGCUUAACCUACUAACUUAUUUUAUUACAGUAUACCAUUUUAUUUACAGCCUACUUUCACUGCUUCAUUCUGAAAUUUAACACAAUAAUGAAAUAAUUUAUAAGAAAUACAAUGCUAAUUCAUUUCUGGCAUAAAUACUACUUAUUGGCCAUCCCUGAGGUUUUUAGGGUUUUUAGAAGGAGACUUUUUUGACAUUUUGAUCUCUCCACUCUAAGCGUGAUAGGAUUUCUAUCAUACUAUUUCAACCAUUAUCUAAGUUUAUAAAUGUACUUUUAACUAACCCGUUAUUACUAAAACAAGAACAUAUUCCCCUUUGUAUGUUUCUUGUGACAAUAUAUCUGCCAUCUUUUGCUCUUACCAAUAAAUUUAUGUAAACUAUGCAAGGCUUGUUCAACUAUAUGAUGCAGUAACGCAUAUCCAUGACCACUUAUUGUAUGCAGUAAGUCAACUGCCUUUAAUCAGGCAGGACAGCAAACACUUUGCAAGAUCCAUCAUUCAUGCUGAAUUAGGGCCACUGACCGAGUUCAAUUAGUCUUUUAAGUAUUUGUAAACUACGUUGUUUAAUAGCUUUGGAAUUGAGAACUUUUUGCUAUAAGAUCUUUGCAAAAGUAUUCUUUUUAUGGAAGAUCCUGCAUUAAUGACCAAACUAGUUAAAAAUAAGCUCUUUAGAUUUGAUAGAUUUAGACUUAUCACCAUCACUUAAAACUGAUGUUUUGUGUAAGAUCGUAUGUAAUAAAAUUUACUUUUCUUGUUGUUUUUUGUGUGUAAAUAGUUUUCGAAGUCUAUAAUUGAUUCUGUCUUUGACUCCCAUAAAUUACCCAAAAUUACACUGCUGCGUUAUAUUUGUGUUUAGUUCUGGAUAUUUUUAUUUCUUGUAGUUUUGCUUUUACUGGUAUAGCUUUUUGCUUAAUAUAGAACAAUUUAUGUUUAUAUGUAUGUAAGAAACAACAGAUAGGCUUAUUCUUGACAUUCCUUCAUUGUACUGUAUUUUCCCCUACGUUUCCAAUUGUACGCCGGUUCUUAACAAGACCCACCUAGGGCCAGUGUUUGUGGAGUCUAAAUAUGAAAGAUGCACCUCUGUUUGUGUCUGCCCUGCUGUUCUGUUCACAAUAUUCUGCCUCUGUUGUUAUGAUGUGAACAGGAAACUGUACCCAGAGGGACUACGGUGCCCACAAUGAAAAAUGAUCCUUAAAUAAUGAAGCAUUUCCAAAGGAAAACAUAAAAGAUCUAACCAGCAAGAAAUUAAUAUGUGAAAGUUAAAUAUUUAAUUAAAAAUAUAUAAGUAAAUUCACUAACAAAUGUAAGCAAUGUGCCCAAUUAAUGUUAUAUUAUUAUAAAACAUAAACCAUUUUGGAUUACAAAUGAACAUAUUUUAGAGCUUACGGUUAGGGUGGAACAGCAAAUACACAACAAUGAAUGCAAUUUGCCAAAAAGUAUCAGUUGGUUAAUACAGAUGGCAACAUCAAUUCUAAAUUGUUUAUAGUCUGUUGUACCAAAAAUUCAUUUUUUGAUGGAAAAAACAUGCAUACUUGUGAUUUGCCUUUUAGCAUGUCCAGUCUGUUAUUUCUCUUAUGAAUUUUCAACUGUACAUAAUUUUGUUUGUUGUUAUUUUUGUUACCUGGGCUGUAGGGACUUUUUUAUUUGACUUUUCAUUUAGGGUACGUGUAUAAAUUGUAAUGAAGUUUAAUCAAUAAUGCUUUUUAGAUGUUUGCAAAAUUAAUGAAAAAUAAACAUCUCAUUGUAUGGAAAAACAAA